AUGAAUCGCUGCUUAGUUCUUGUUCUUCUGUCUUGCAUGUUAUUUAUGCAAACGGCUGCUCAGUUUGGCUUCGGCUACCCCUACGGUGGCUACGGUGGCUACGGUGGCUACGGUGGCUACGGUGGCUACGGUGGCUAUGGUGGCUAUGACUACCCCUAUUACGGCGGAUGGGGCUAUCGCCGUUAUGGCUACAGUCCAUUUAGAGGUGCUAUACGAGGUGCGUUGGCGGGUGCGGUGAUAGGUGGAUUGAUUGGAAAAAAAUAA